AUGCCUGGGUCACCUGCCAUCCUGUCCCCCCACCCCCCUGUUUUUAACAAGGGCAAUCCUAUCAGCUUGAAUGAUGAUCCCCCCUUCCCAUUCAUAUCCCCCCAUCUGAAACUCCAGCCCACACAUCCAUUCCUUGAACAGGACCAAGCCCUUCUUAAACCCAGGUCAGCAUCCACCCCAAAUACAGAUGACUCUUCUGAUUCUGACAUCACAUCCUCCAACAUGUUUUCUAUGCUCUGUUUCUCAUCUUCUUCCCCUCCCACUACCACUCUGCUCUUGGAUGACAGUGAUUCAAAGCUGUCAUCAAAUUUUGUACAGCAGUUCCAACAGGCACAACAAGAAAGGUCAGAGGCAAAAUGUCACCAUCUCCAGUAUGGCUACUGGAAGGAGAAUGAGAAGGCCAACAGCUCCCUGGCUGAAUGUCAGCACCAGCUUGCAAUGCAGCAUGAGCAGUAUGCCAAUGAGGAAGCUAUGGUGGCUCAGGAGCUAGAGAAGAUGAAACUCACAGUGAAGUUGGAAGAGCUUCAGGGGCAGAACCUAGCCCUGCAGAAGCGUGUAGCUGGUGGUGGGGACCAAGGCCCUUUGUCAACUAAUGAAGAUGUUCACAAACUCAACAACAGUUUAUGA